AUGUCCACAAAUAAAAUCAGUCUUGUAGGAGCUGCAGAUGAAGACCAGCAUUUAAAUCCAGAGUAUGAAGAUACUGUUAAUCAAGUGGUUUGCAGCAUUUACAACAGUGUCAUGCAAGAAACUGGAUCUCAGCCAGUCCUUUAUCACGAUGGAACAAAUUGCAAAACAAUUUUUCCUGAACGAACAGCUAGUAUAAUAAUAAAUGAAGUCUCCAGUGGCCAGAUAAUACAUUCUUUUAAUGAAAACUCACCAACUGAGAACUACAGUGCUACAGAGUUUGACAGUACUGCUGACAAAGAUCUUUCAUCAUUUGCCAUUCAAAUAAAUAUUGAGGCAGGAAGUUCUGAAGAGUCAGUUAGAAAUGUAAAUGGGUAUUCAGCAGAAACAUUGCUACAAGCAAAAGAGCUACCAGUUGAAAUAAUCCCUCAUAUUAGAGACAGACCAUUAGACAUAGAUCCAGACCUUAUUUCAGACCAUUUAGCAGUUAUUUCCAUAAAAACAGAGCCUACUGAGAAACGGAAUGAAAGAUUUAGAACUCAUUCUGGACUAGAGCUACCAGAACUAAAAAAAGCAUCGCUAUCUAAGACAAGUUUGCUAAGUACAGCUACUGAAAGUGAUGUAGAGAAAAGGAGAGAAAGACGGUCCUCUGUGAAUGCUUUAGGACGACUAGAUGUCAAACCAAAGGAGGUCGUUUGCAGAAAUUCAUUUCAGAACCUGAAGAAACCCGAUGUCACCAGGGUGGAACUUCUAAAAGAUGUCAAGAGCAAGGAGGAACUUAUUUUACGACUUGUCUCAUAUGAUAUUGAGCAUGAUGAGGAAGAGGAUUUUGAAAAAAUCCUAAAAGUAGAUUCUGCUUUGGUUUUUGAGAGCCAGCCACAUGCAGCAGGGAAAGAGGAAAUCAUGCCUGCUUAUGAGAGUACCCCUUUGGCUGAUAUGCAGAAUAAUUUAAUUGCUGCCCAGGCACCUGAGAAAGAGGAUCAGUACAAGGGCUGA